AUGAUCUUUCAGUUACUCGUAUUCACAUUUGGCGGACUCAUUGCGCUGUCCGACGGCCUUGCACUGCCCACACGUGAUGACGACCGUCGGAUGCAUCCGCUUUUCACAGCAGCGGGAAGUGGGGAGCGACGCUCGAAGCGCGCCAUGCCGCAGAUCUGCUUUAAUCCGCAGAGGCCGGAGGAGGAGUAUGCCGAGUAUUGGCGCACACUUGCCCAACAGACACUGGAGCAGCAGCUGGAGAGUAAGAUGCGAUUGAAUACGCAAUUGGCCAAGAAUCUAAUGCUGUUCAUGGGCGAUGGCAUGUCCAUUCCGACGAUCACAGCUGGACGCGUCUAUCUGGGCGGCGAGGAGAAGCAAUUUGCCUUCGAGCAGUUCCCCUAUGUGGGACUCAGUAAGACGUACUGCGCCAACAUGCAGGUGGCGGAUUCCGCCUGCACCGCCACCGCCUACCUGGGCGGCGUCAAGGCCAACUAUGGCACUGUGGGCGUCACAGCUGCUGUCCAAAUGAAGGAUUGUCAGGCCCAAGCGGACCAGGCGCAUCAUGUGGCCUCCAUUGCGGCUUGGGCACAGCGACAGGGCAUGGCCACGGGUCUGAUCACCACCACAUCCGUGACACACGCUUCCCCCGCCGGCGUCUAUGCUCACACUGCGAAUCGCAACUGGGAGAACGAUGCCGAUGUCCUGGCUGAUAACGCUGAUCCAACGGUCUGCCCGGAUAUUGCAUCACAAUUGGUCUUUGGUCACGUGGGACAAAACUUGAACGUCAUCCUCGGCGGCGGUCGGCAAAACUUCUUGCCCAAAAGUGCACAGGAUGCAAGCGGUGCGCCCGGACAGCGACUGGACGGACGUAAUCUCAUCGAGGAAUGGCAGCGUCAACACACCAACAGUGCACACUAUGUUCAAACACGUCGAGAGCUGCUGGAGCUAUCCAACCAAACGACACGUGUCCUUGGCCUCUUUGCUCCGUAUCACAUGCCAUAUCAUCUGGAUUCAAAUGCCGAGGAGCACCCAACGCUGGAGGAGAUGGUACAGGCGGCACUUGGUAUAUUGGAACGCCAGAGCGCCGGUCGUGGCUACUUUCUGUUUGUCGAGGGCGGACGCAUCGAUCACGGACAUCACGACACCUUGGCGCUCCGUGCCAUCGAUGAGACGGCCGAGUUUGAUAAAUCCGUGCGCUGGGCACGCACACACAGCAGCGUGGAGGACACUUUGAUUGUGGUGACAUCGGAUCAUUCGCAUACCAUGUCGUUGGCAGGAUACUCCAGUCGCAAGAACGAUAUCUUUGGCAUCAACGAUGGCCAACUGGCCGCCGAUGAUCUGCCCUAUGCCACGCUCAGCUAUGCCAACGGACCUGGCUAUAAUACCAACUAUCUCUAUGAAGAGGAUGGUGCCAUCAAGCGCAAGAAUCUCCGUUCCAUCAACAUGAAGAACAAGGAUUUCAUGUUCCCAACGGCCGUUCCUCUCGAGUCGGAGACACAUGGCGGCGAUGAUGUCGCCGUCUUUGCCAGCGGACCAUUUGCCCAGCUCUUCACCGGUGUCUACGAACAGAACUUCAUACCACAUGCCAUGGCCUAUGCCUCCUGUCUGAGUGAAAAGCGCAGCAUGUGCUUGGAUGGAGGCAUCUCCCGUCGGCCACAUUAAGACUGAUCCUAGAUUAAGGCCAAGUCAACAGUAAUUAUUGUUCUCGUACUUACCUAACUUAUGAACACAUUAUGUAAUAGCAAACACCCUAGAUACUAGAAAUAUAUUAAAAAAAAAACAUAACAUUGGGUUCCAUCCCAAUAUGUUCCUCGAAUGCAACAUUAAAUGCCACAUCUAAUAUUA